GCAGUGUGCGGACAGGAUGUCACUAUAUCUACCAGGGUUAGUACUGCAUACCUGUUAGAGUACAGUUUAAACUCCUGCUCAGCGUCUCAGUCCUCUCAAGAUGUCCUCAGAUAUUUAUGCCAAACCAGAUCUAUCAAAGAAGGUGAGAUACAGCAGAAAGGAGGACGGAGCAGAGUGGGAGCAGAGGGAGGUGGAUAUCUACGAGAGUGCAGAUGCAGGAGGAGGACCACAGACUCAGAAUCCUCCUUCAGUCCAGAAGGGCUCUUUCAGAUGUGCUACACUGGGUCUAAGAGUGCUGUGCCUCCUGAUGUUAGCUGGGAUCAUCAUCCUGUCCAUAUGCUAUGCUUUCAACAAGAGUGAAAACCAAACACUUCAUGCUGAAUACAACAAACUGAACCACGUUUACAACGACACCAAAAAGAAUUACACUGAGCUCCAGGAUGAACUUCAAGGCACAAAAACCAACCUGACUCAGUUACAGAGCAGUUAUGAUAAACUGAGUAAAAACCACAGUCAGCUACAGGAAGAAGUGAAGAGGCUGAAGGAGAAGAUAGAAGAGAAGUGUCCUGAUCGAUGGACGAGAUUUGGAAGCAGCUGUUACUUUAAAUCCACUGAGAGGAAAACUUGGUCUGAGAGCAGGAGAGACUGUCAGGAUAAAGGAGCUGAUCUGGUGAUGAUAAACAGCAAAGAGGAACAGGAAUUUAUCAAUGAACUGAACAUGAGAGGAGAGUCCUGGAUUGGUCUGAGAGCCAAACAGACAUCAGGAGGAUAUGAAUGGGAAUGGGUGGACGGAUCAGCGCUGAGAGAAACGUUCUGGGGAACAGGAUAUGGGAAUCCCAGUUCUGGUUACUAUGGAGUCUGCUGUGAUCAUUAUGGGAAAUGGAGACAGUCACUUGAAUACAAUAAUCAUAAAUAUGUGUACAGGACCUUCAUGUGUGAGAAAUGAGUUUGAUGCUUUGAUGUAAAUGUUUGAAUAAUCCAACCAAAGACACCUCACUAUGAAAUGUCCUGCAUGAGCCUCAGACUCAGCUUACAGUUGUUACUUGUUCAUUCUGCAUCAUAUAUUGAUUACAUAUAUUGUCCCUCUGUGCUCUGUGCUGUACAGUAAGGUUGGAAGUCAUCCACACAAAAACUUGAAGUACUUCAUUACUCUGUAGUUCCAGCAAAUUGUUCUAAUAAAAGUCAAAGUGCAGCUUGUCUUUACUUUGGUUUACUUGGUUUAUUCAUCAGUCUGUUGCUCCUAAAACUUCAGUAAAUGUCUUCUUGAGUUUCUCUCAAUCAGCUGAAAGUAGCUGCUUCUUACUUUUAGCUACAAAUCAGGAACCAAGAGACUGAAACCAGCACAAAUUCAGUUUGUCAAACUUACAACGUGUGAAUAAGUGAAGAUGAAUCCGUUUAAAACAACUUUCCUUCUUCUUCUUCACUUACAUCCAAACACAACUUUACCUUCCUGCUUAGUUUGCAGCGAGCUACCUGCACAGCGUUAACACACUGAAGGUCAAAGUUCAUUUCAGCAUGACAGAAAGAAAAAGUGCAGAAACAACAACCCUCACAGUGGACACGGUUAAAGUCUGUUGAUGACUCUGAACAUGACUCGGGUCUUUUUGUAAUGUGGGCCUUAGUCGUCUUUCAUGAAUCAGACAGUUUCAGAGCCAGUUUCCAUGUGACACACUUCCUGCUUUGGACCCUUUACCUGCAGCCUGUAUGUGUCCACAUGUGAUUGGUGCAAAGCUGACCUUUAACUAAUGACCACAGACCCUGGUUGUGUUUCACUUCAGAUGAUUUUCAGCAUUUCAUUGAAUUCUAACUGCAUCAAAGACAUUUCAGCAUUUCAAUUCAUCAAACUGACUUCAGAUCUUGUUGCAUGCUGUUAGUUUCUCUGCUGGUAAACUCGAAAUAACUGAAGAGUUCACACUGACGUCAUAUUUCCUGCAUCAGAAACAUUCCUCUUUGCUCAUUACUAACAAUAUAUAUUGUGUGAUGACAGCAACUUCUGAGAAAGCUGUUUUUAUGUUGCUGCUGCUGAGUUAAAGCUCAGUGUCUGUGCUUUAUGACAAACAUUUCAAAUACAGCACAUUUGUGGCUUUGCUUGUAUUGCUGUACAAGUAUCUAUGUAUUAAUGCAUGGAAUGGAAAAGUUUUCCAAAUGAAAUGUAGAAAAGUAUUUAAGCUGUCUGUGUUUGUGCUUUAUUCUGCUGUUUCUGACUCGUUCACAUUUGUAAUUAAUCACAACUGCAUCAA